AUGAUAUUCACUUCGACAAAACCGCCGAGUCUGUGGCGAUGCCGCUACCGUAACCUGUUCCUGCUGCUUCAAGCGAUCAAUGCGGUCCGAUUUUACACGUGUCCCGAUGAGCUGAACUUUAAGGGACCGCCCACCACGUACGUCACACUCGUGAUUGUGCUCAUCGCCAACGCGGCCGCUUUUAUUCAUGGUCUCGAUGGAGGACGCAAGAAUUGGGAGAUGGUACAGCAUUGCAUGGUGAGUCCGCAAAAAUGGCUCAUAACUCGAAAACGACGCAUUUUAGAGGAAAAGUGUCUAGUGGGAAAUUGUAGAGCACGAAAUUUUGAACAUUUUAUCAGUUGACCACUAAUCGAAAUAUUCACCUGCUUUUGUCUGAUUUCAUUGCGAACUAUACUACACAAAAGUGGAAAAAUAGAGAUUAUUGAAUGAGUAUUGUAGGAUUCCAUGACGUCUUAUAGUUCUGAAAAUUUUUGAGCUGAAUCUUGACAUCUUAUACUGUAUUUUUGUAGUUGACCACUUUAUUGUACGACCAUCCCCUGGGGUACUGUAGCUAUUCAAAGUUGAGGUAAGUUCAAAGCUCUGAUUUUCAGUGCCCAACUUCCAAGAACUACAGUACCGCAGGCAGUGGUUGUACAAAAAAAGUGUCAACAGCGAAAAUAAAGAUGAAAACGUGGACAAUAUUUUGAUAGUUAGCCAUUUUCCGAUAAAACCACUCCCUCGGGCACUACAGAGCUCUUCCAAUUUUCAGGUAAUCGUGGGCGCCGUGUACAUGGUCAACAUAAUGAUUUGCCUCUAUCACGCGUAUAGAGCUCACGAAAGGAACGAGGACACGUGGAAUUUCGUGUGGGAUCAAGUUCUUCAUUGGCACGAGACUUUUGGUAGCUAUUUGAUCGGUUUUUUUUUCGUAAAUUCAACUCAAAUGUCAGUAACUUCUGCAAUGUGGACAAUAGCUCGAGCAGAGGCGAGAUAUUAUGAAACUGUGGAGUUGCUCGAGAAGACCAACGCCGAAUACAACUCUCAACGACCGAAAAGGACGAGAAGACGGCAGAAAAACGAGGAUUGA